AUGAUUGACAACCCCGCUGCCCCCCAUCCGCUCAACAGCUAUAACGUCGCGCAGCUCCAGUUUGCGCUCGAAGACGGAAAGUCUCAGAUCGUCUCUUUUGACGUCCACGACAUCUCGGCGUCUCCCGUAAUCCACGCGUCUGACCACGACGAGACAGACUACUUGUCCCGCCGCAUGUCAAGCUCCGCCACCUCUGAUAGCAGCAGCCUCCACUCGCGUCCAGAGAAGCGGCCGCCCUCCCCCGCCCCCUCCCCGCUCCAGAAGAAACUCCGCCCGGCGGUCUCCCUCGACCCGAACCCGUGGUCCCAGCCGACGACGCCCUCCCCCCAGCCCAGCGCCGACAACGAGGACAGGUCCGACGUCGACCCCACUCGCGUCCAGCUCCCGUCCCUCGCCACCGCCUUCCAGGACCGCUACGAUCUCCGACGCGCAUCCCUCCCCACCCUCUACUCCGACAGCCCAGCCUCCCGCCUCCGUCUCCCCCAGCCGGCCCACCGCCCCAGCCAGUCCUCCUCCAACCUCUCCGCGUACCAGUUCCCGCCCCCAGACGCCCCAGACGACGCCCGGCCCCGCCUUGCCGCCGACACGCAGCUCGGGCUUUACCCUCCGUCCCUCCCGGAGUACUCUUCCAUCUCCAGCACCGGUCUCUCCUCCACCAGCGCGUCUUCCUUCAACUUUUCCCCGCUCUCUCCUGACGCUGCCCGUGGAAGUAUUUCAGGCCUCUCCUCCACGUUCUCCUCGGACACCGACCACUGGGGAUCUCCCAUCGUUCGCCCGAAUUCCACCCCCGGCGCGCCCACUCAAAAGUACGACGACUCCGUCCGCCAUUCCUCCCUCGGCGGGCCUCUCUCUCAGCAGCAGUUCUUUGGCGGCGUCACGCGCAUCUCAGGUCAGCAUAAGCAUUCCCUCGCCCAGAGUGCCGUCAAGUCCGAGAGCGAGUGGACCUUCCCCAGCGCUGAUAACUUCCCCAUGCCCCCCGCGUCGAGCACGUCCUAUCCCUCGACUCCAUCCUCUUCCAUGCCUGCCAUCUCCGUCGCGUCCUCUCCGUCUCGUUCUCCUCAGGAGACCAAUCCGGCUGGUCCGGCGAUGCCUGCCCCCGGGUCCCUUGUCGAGCGCCCUCCGCGCAAGCGCGGAAAAUUGCCUAAGCCGGUCACGGACUUCCUCAAGGACUGGCUCCACCGCCAUUCCGAUCACCCGUAUCCCAGUGAAGAGGAAAAGAAGCAGCUCUGCAAUGCCACGGGCCUCAGCAUGUCUCAAGUUUCAAAUUGGAUGAUAAACGCACGUCGCCGAAUUCUCGCGCCGUUACACCGUCCUGGCGUCGGACCCACCACUACGACGCCCUUCGCGUCGCGCUCUACCUCCCUUGCGACCACAGCUUCCUUGCCUCCGGCUGCCAUGCUCGACUCCGGCCGGCGCGCGUCGAUGCCGUCUGACUCGCUCCAGCUCUACUACCCGAUGUCCCUCCAGCCGCUGCACGACCCUUCGCAGACGCGUCAUAUGGUCGGCAUGUCACGUUCAUACUCGUCCUCGCAUGCCAACGCGGGCCUCGGUGGACACGGACACGGCUCGAGCCCGUACGGGCUCGAGUCCGGGUACACGAGCAGCCGACUGAGCUAUGGUGGGGGCGCACUGCACCCGCACGCGCAGCUCUCGCACCACUCGUCGCACCACGCGUCGCACUCGCCGAAUUCGCACGCAUACCUCGGCGUGCCCAUGUCCGCGCCGCCGCUCAACAGCUCGCCGUCCUCGGCGUCGUUCCUCGGCGCGCAGCCGCACUCGCAGCACUCGCUGUACUCGCAGAGCACGCAGUCCGGGUCGUAUAUGGGGUCCGGCCAGAGCCAUGCGCGUGGAGACGAGCGGUAUAGCUUCUCCGCGAGCUCCGUCUCGCCUGCACCGCAGCCGGGCUCGGGGUACGCGUCGCCACAAUGA